UUUAAAUUGACUCUGAGGUCUGUUCGUUAUUUUCCACCAGUAAGAAAAAGCAUGAGAGCAGAGGCAGAUUACAGAUAAGAGCAAAGCAUCUCUCAUUUUAGGACAAUAUUUAUAUUCUUUCUCAUGACAUUUGAAGAUUAAAAGACAUGGAGAAAACUUCGUCUUCCAAUGCUUCCAAGGACCCCGCUAUUCUUUCUGCUCAGGAGUCGCACAUUAAUGAUGGUGAUGAGAACUGUGACCGUGGGAACUGGACUAACAAGUCCGAAUACAUGUUAUCUAUGAUCGGCUUUGCAAUUGGCCUUGGAAAUAUCUGGAGAUUUCCAUAUAUGGCCUAUAAGAAUGGAGGGGGUGCCUUCCUCAUUCCGUAUUUCCUAAUGUUGGCUCUGUGUGGAAUUCCACUUUUCUUCCUGGAAAGCGCUGUUGGUCAGUUCUGCAGCCAAGGCCCAGUCAACAUUUGGAGAGCAGUGCCGAUAUUCAAGGGUAUAGGGGUCUCCAUGGUUGUAGCCAACAUAUUAUUUUCAAUUUACUAUGGUGUCAUCAUCGCCUACGCCUUGUACUACAUGUUUGCCUCCUUCCAAUCUCCUUUGCCAUGGUCCAGCUGCUUCAGCUGGGCGGACAGUUACUGCAGCAGCACACCUUUAGUGGCCUGUAAUGUAAGUGGAGUUUUAGUGACCAACUGGACACAGGAAAACAUCACAUGCCCUUCAUCAGACAAAGUCACAGUUUCAGUGACGAGUCCAAGUGAACAGUACUGGGAUCGUGUAGCUCUACAGAGAUCCAGUGGUCUGGGUGACACAGGACCUAUAGUCUGGCACCUGGCUCUGUGCCUGCUGCUGAGCUCCAUGAUUGUCGCUGCAGUGCUCUUCAGAGGCAUCAAGUCAUCAGGAAAAGUUGUGUAUUUCACCGCCACAUUACCUUAUGUGAUCAUUUUCAUUCUGCUGAUCAGAGGCAUGACACUAGAGGGCGCUAGAGAUGGACUAGAUUUCUACAUAGGUUCACAGUCUAAUUUCACUAAACUGACUGAAGCACAGGUGUGGAAAGACGCAACAGCUCAGACCUUUUAUUCCUUGACCAUUGCUAUGGGUGGAGUCACAACUCUUGCUUCCUAUAGCAAAUUCAACAACAACAUCUUCAUGGACGCAGUUAUCGUAUGCCUUCUUAACCAUGGAACUAGUGUGUUUGCAGGCUUUGCCAUUUUUUCAAUUUUGGGUCACAUGUCUCACGUCUAUGGAAAGCCUGUUGAAGAAGUAGUGACUGAAGGGUUUGGCCUGGCUUUUAUUGCAUAUCCAGAUGCUCUGUCGACUCUUCCCCUCGCUCCUCUGUGGUCCGUCUUGUUCUUUUUCAUGCUUUUCAUAGUUGGCCUGGACUCUAUGUUCACACCAAUAGAGGUGAUCAGUACAACCUUGUGUGAUGCCUUCCCUAAACAGCUGAGUCACAAACGUGGCUAUGUGUCACUGUGCGUGUGUGGCAUCAUCUUCCUCUUGGGUCUGCCAUGUGUGACAAGGGCAGGAAUAUAUUGGGUGAUUCUCAUUGACCAGUUUGCUGCCACGUGGGUGAUGCUAGUUGUGGCUGUCUUUGAGAUCAUUGGAUUCUGCUACAUAUACGGGGUGAACCGUUUGAUUAAAGACAUUGAGAUGAUGAUUGGGAAGAAGAGCGCUUUCUUCUGGUGGUGGGGAAGAGCUAGUUGGUUUUUCAUCACUCCCGCUAUCACUCUGGGGAUCUUCAUAUGGUCACUUGUGACCUAUGUUCCCCCCUCCUAUGGAGAAGUCCUCUUCCCAGACUGGGGCUUGACUCUGGGUUGGUGCACUGCUGCCUUCAUCGUUAUCUGGAUCCCUGUUGGCAUGGUGUAUAUGCUGAUAAAAGCUGAGGGGAGUCUCUGGGAGCGUUUGAAGUCAUUGUGUUCCCCAUCUGAGGAUUGGCAUCCUUUCCUGGGCAUCCACCGAGGAGAACGCUACUCACCAAUGACUAAAAAACCGGCCGCCUCUUAACCAGACUAGAUG